AUGUCAAACUUCACAGUAAACUCUCACUCCACUCAUGCUACAACAGUGCUAAUGUCAAACUUCACAGUAAGCUCUCACUCCACUCAUGCUACAACAGUGCUAAUGUCAAACUUCACAGUAAGCUCUCACUCCACUCAUGCUACAACAGUACUAAUGUCAAACUUCACAGUAAACUCUCACUCCACUCAUGCUACAACAGUACUAAUGUCAAACUUCACAGUAAACUCUCACUCCACUCAUGCUACAACAGUACUAAUGUCAAACUUCACAGUAAGCUCUCACUCCACUCAUGCUACAACAGUACUAAUGUCAAACUUCACAGUAAACUCUCACUCCACUCAUGCUACAACAGUGAUAAUGUCAAGCUUCACAGUAAGCUCUCACUCCACUCAUGCUACAACAGUGCUAAUGUCAACAAAAAGGCUGAAUAGUCCAUCAUGUUUGAGUGAUUCACUUGGACACAUACAGUAA